AACCCUAACCCUAACCCCAGCCCCCCUCCCCAGCCGACAUCCCCUGAGCCUUCCUGCCGGCCAUGGCAGUUCUCCAUCCCUGCUGGCGGGGCGAUGCGCUGAGCACAGCGGGUGAGCUGUGCGUGGUACGGUGUGGGAGCCCUGCUGCUCUGCGGGGUGUCCUGGUACCUGGAGGAAUGUUUCAGCCUCGGAAGGAUGAGGCUUGCAGGCAGCAGCACUGUGUGCUUCACACACAAACACGAACUUGGGUUUGGUUGGCCUGACCCAAGAGACCACGGUCAGAGCUUCAGGGGUUAAAUCAGAGUGCUGCAAAUUGAGGAACAGAGUUAGGGAAUCAUCAGUCCCAGUAAAUUCCUUGUGAUCCCAAGUGAUGGAAAAGCAGAGCGUGCUCCGUGAGUCACAGCGGUGAGGAGCAGCUCUCAGAGCAGUGGGGCUCUGCAGUGUGUGGGGCUGGAGCGGAGCAGUGCUGCGGAGCCCAGCUUGCUGGCAAUGGAGAGCGUCUCUUCUUCCCCAUCACCCUUCCCUGACAGCUCCCCCUCCAUGCCCUCUGGGAAUGCCACAGCCUACGACCACUACUCUGGCCUCCAGAAGAGCCUGCACAUCCUCUCCAUGGUGGUGUACAGCAUUGCCUGUGUGCUGGGGGUGACGGGGAACGGCCUCGUCAUCUGGAUUGCAGGCUUCAAGAUGAAGAAGACAGUGAACUCAGUGUGGUUCCUCAACCUGGCCAUCGCUGACUUCAUCUUCACCUUUUUCCUGCCCCUCAGCAUCGCUUACACCGCUCUGGAUUUCCACUGGCCCUUUGGGAAGCUGCUGUGCAAGUUGAACAGCACCAUCGCCUUCCUCAACAUGUUCGCCAGCGUCUUCCUCCUGAUGGUCAUCAGCGUGGAUCGCUGCGUGGCCGUGGCCUUCCCCGUGUGGUCCCACAACCGCAGGAGCCCAGAGCUGGCAGCCAGGGUCGCUCUGGGGACGUGGGGCAUGGCCGUCCUGCUCAGCUCCCCGUACCUCAUUUUUCGUGACACCGCGGUCAGUUCCCGUAACAUCACCAGCUGCUAUAACAACUUUGCGCUGUCUGAUGACUACACGGCCGAGGAGACACGGAGGCUGUGGAGGAUGCGGCACAAAGCGAUGAUCAUAACACGGUUCUUAUGUGGGUUCCUCAUCCCCUUCACAGUGAUUCUCAUCUGCUACAGCGUUGUUGCCGUCAAGCUGAAAAGAAGGCAGCUGGCCAGCUCUGUGAAGCCGUACAGAAUUAUCAUUGCCGUCACAGUCUCAUUCUUCCUCUGUUAUUUCCCCUACCAUGUCUUCUCCUUGCUAGAAAUAUCUCAAAACUCUUCCAGUCAUGAGAUGAAAAUGGCCCUUUACAUAGGAAUCCCCUUGGUUUCCAGCCUCGCUUUCUUCAACAGCUGCAUAAACCCCAUCCUGUACGUCUUUGUGGGGCCAGAUUUCAAGGAGAAGUUUUGCCAGUCCAUCCUGUCGGCCUUCAAAGGGGCCUUCAGUGAGGAGUCAAUGCUGGGCAGCCUGAGCAGCAGGAGGAAGUCCAGGUCUGCCUCGGAAGCAGAAGUCCCAAGGCUCUGAGUACCCACUCAGUACUGGGUGGGUUCAGUAUGGGCACCACUGCAGGGCAGUUUUCUCCUCCUCUCCUUUCUUUCUUUCCUGAUUUGUCACAACAUCCCAUUUUUAGUAGACGACCCUUUGUAAAGGUCACUAAGUCUGUGACUUUACUGACAGGGCUCCCUUUAUUUUCCCUUCUCUCCGGCAUCCUUCAGCCAUGAGAAGCAGCCUCUGAGUUCAGUGGGGUCACCUUGUAGGUACCCGACUCUGCAUCGCUACUGGGUUCAUCCCCAGGCCAUUCCUGAAUGGCAAGUUAGCUGCUGCGAGGAUGUGUUGUUCUCUGCAUUUGCCAGGCUUUCCUGGCAGCCAGGCUUUGCUGGGAUGCAAAAAUUGUGGGGUUCCACCAGGGGGCAAAAUUGGAUGCAGGUGUGCUGGCAGUGUGCACAGUCUGUGCUUUAGCUGAGCAAGAGGAUGGAGGGAAGAGCUGCUCCAUAAAUUCCUUAUAAUUAAAUCAGCAAAGAAAAUACAUCUUUUCCUGCGCAUCAUGCCAGUCUGCUGCUAAAUUUUAAGUAGGAAAUGAUUAAAUUACAAUAAAAGCAGCAUGAACAUGCAGUGGGAUCUGUCUGGAGGCACUUUUGCAAAUGCAGCUUUUAAAGCAAUAGGAUUCAAUGAGGUGGCUGUGCGUGUUUCUGUAGGGUCUGGGCUUGCUUUGUUCUUUCCCUCCUGAGACAAGUUACUGGUUGUGUCCUGCUUACUCAGGUUUGGUGUUCAGCAUAACUGCUCCUGAGCAGUGCUACUCCACGUUGGUAUUUGACCUGCUUCUGGCCCUCGUAUAGAUGAAAUGUCUCAUUUUGUACUGUUGGUGAAUGAAUAUUAAGCUCUAUUAAACUUAUUUAAAGCAUA